CCCUCGGACGGCUGGGUUAAGACCCCCGGCGAGUGAUGGGUCGCCUUGGCCGGAGUCGCGUCUCCUUCCUCGGCUGCUGUUGCCUGCCUUUCCGAAGCGGCUCCCUUUCUCCGGUUCCUUCUUCCCGGUCCACCUGGGCCAGCAUGGGCGAGCCAAGCGAUAACGGAGACGCAUUGAGUCCUAUAUAGAAGCCGUGAAGCAGCGAGACAGAGCUCGGCAGGGAUUGGCUUCGUCCCCUAAAGCGAGCCAUGGACGCGGUGGCGAGUUUGCACCCUUCUCUCCUCCUGGACUAGAGAGCUUCACCCUCCUCCUCCUCCUCCUCCUACAGCAACAACGGCGUUACCAACGCGUUACCACUCCGGAGAAACGUGUGAAGGAGUGGGAGGGGUUCCCUCGACGGCUCCGAGUAAUUUCGCAAACUGCAGAAGAGUUUGGGUUCCUUCUUUAGUGGACGGGCUUAUUAUUAUUAUUUGAGAUCGCCUUCCUCCCCCCCACUAUCCUUGGGUCUUCCCCCGUUUCCUUGCUUCUUCUUCUGCAUUUGCCUCAAUCAAGGUGGAGGAGGCCAUUUGGAGUUCAUGGAGCCGGGAUUUCUGCUCUUUGUUGGACUUUCCAUUUUCUCCAGCACAGGCUUCUUGUUGCCCGUCUCUCGACCCCUGCUGCCUCCCAGCGGCAACGGCAGCGGGCUGAGGUCACCAGGGCUGCAGGAGAGAGUUGGCAAAGAAAGCGAGGCAGCAACAGCAAGAAGGCCACUCUCGGUGACAGAAGCUGACCCGGCAGAAGUGCACCACCGACCCAAACGCUGCACUUGCUACACCUACAAGGAUAAGGAGUGUGUAUAUUACUGCCACUUGGACAUCAUCUGGAUCAACACCCCAGAGAGGACUGUUCCGUAUGGGCUGGCUAAUUACAGAGGAAAUUUCAGAGGCAAAAGGUCUACAGAGCAGCAUCGCAAGAGCUUGCAGUCAUCAAAGUGGCCUUCACUGCGCUGCUCCUGUGCAGAUAGAUGUGACAAGCCGUGCAUGAAUUUUUGCACGAGGACCCAGGGUGGCCAAUGUAAUAAAGAACAACUGGGCAGCACAGGAGAAACAGGACCCCCUGGAGAAAUGGAGCAUGUUCUCACUUAGUAGCUUAGGAUAAUUUGGUAGCUCCUAAAUGAAGAGGUGCCAUGUUAAGAAGCUACUACCUAAGAUAUGAAACUCAUCCAAGGUGGAGAAAUGUGCCCAGAUUCUCAAAUGGAUUAUCUAGCAGUAGGCCCUACCUUUUCUGGAACUGAUGCCAUCCUGAAGGUGGAAAAUUCUCCUCUCUGGAGAACCUUAUACUUUCCUGCAGUGUUCUGGUAUGUCAUAACAGAACAUGGCGACUUCCAUCCAUUUUGGAAAGAAACCGUUUUGCCAUUUUAAAAGUCCAAAUAACAAUGAUUACCAACACAUUCAAGGGAUAAACUUUCUUACUUGAUCAACAUAUGGGACAGGGGAGGGAAAUAUUGUUUUACAGGAUUGUUUUUUGUACUUAAUUUUCCAGUUUUCUGCAGACAGUUGUGAUUGGUACUUUAGAAAAAAAAAUACUUUUGUUUGAUGAUGUCACUUCUAUAUUUAAAAAACCCUUUCUCCCUAAUGUUAUUCAAACCUGUCUUCAUAUUGUAAUUUCAGUGGCAAAACAUGACAAUAUCUAUGCAGAUUUAGUAUGAAUGGCUAUUAUUAAUAUCAUUAUAAAAUAUAGCAAGCUAACAGUAUACUGUGAGUAUUUCAUAGGUUGUCGGUUUUUACGUGCCAACUAUCUCUGCACUGAAAUUGACUUUUAAAAGAGAGAUAAGAAUAGCAGCCAAGAGAUGCAGUGCUGGCAACUUAUUCUUACCAGCCACCACAAUUGAGACCUUCAAGAGGAAACUGUAAAAUCUCAAAAAUGCAUGUGUUACAGACACUGAAAGGCUUAUGUUAGUGGUUAAUUACGAAUUGUAUAAGAUGGAUGAUUCAAAAGACGUGGGAGGGAGCAGUUAUUUGCAAUUAUGGAAAGUGACUCUGAGAAACACAAAAUACAGAACGACUGGAUAUGUUUCAGCACAACUGAGGGCCAUAUGAAUGAGUUGGGAGCAUGUUUGGCUUAAGAAGAAUUUUAGAAGAACGUUCUCCCUAUGUUUGCUAAUCAAAGAGGAAAAAAACCAGGGAAACCAUUUAUUGAUACUUGGAAGCCUUUCAAAGGACGCUUUGCUAAAAACUGUGGGAUUUUUUUUCAAUAAAAGCUUUAUAUUUUACUGGGAUACAGGUUUGAAGACAACAUUUAAGGCUGUAAGCCGAAUACCUGAACUCUGCAAAUGAACAACCCUCAAAACCAGCCAAAUAAAAUUUGCAAAGAGGUAAAGGACAUUGUCUUAAGCAAAAAAGGAAGAGAACUUUUGUCGAAAAAAAUAUAAAUAUAUAUAAAUAUAUAUAUAAAAUAUAUAAAUAUAUUACAUAAAUAAAUAAAUUAUUCAACCUAUCAAA